AAGCGUUAAUUUGGUAGGAAAUGUUUUCAAAAAAUUAGCUGAAUUUAUUGUUUUCUAUUGGACGUUAUAAAUAUGAUUAUCUAUGUCUAUCUUCUCUGUAAUAAUUGCGCGUAUCAUCUGAAACAGAUUUUUCAACUUUUUACAAGUUGGUUUGACUUCUUGGUUAUAAACUUGGUCGAAAUCAGUUUCUAAUGCGUCGUGGUGAAGUAUCAAACAUGCCGGAAGAUAAUAAUGUUGUUUGAUUAGAAUUGACUUUUCUGGUUUGAUGAUAUAAAAAGUAUUUAUAACAUUGCAGCACGCUUCGUGAUUUUAAAUUAUUCAUUUAUAAUUACAUGUAAACAAAAAAUAUAUUUGAUUCAUCAAAAGAAGACAUUAUAUUGUUUAUAAUAAAAAAUAAAAAUGGCACCGGUACCGUUAGAAGGGCAUCAAACACCUGUAACAAAUAAUAUACCCCAGGAGGGUAAUCGUGGUGGUUCUAUUAAUCUUGGAUUGCUAAUAGAUUUUAUUAUACAACGUACUUAUCAUGAACUUACUGUUCUAGCAGAAUUAUUGCCUCGUAAGACUGAUAUGGAACGUAAGAUUGAAAUUUAUAAUUUUUCUGCUAGAACGAGACAAUUGUAUGUCCGUUUAUUAGCAUUAGUAAAGUGGGCCAACAGUGCAUCUAAAGUGGAUAAAUCAGCUCAUAUUAUGGCAUUUUUAGAUAAACAAUCUUUACUAUUUGUUGAUACUGCUGACAUGCUCGCAAGAAUGGCUCGAAAAACACUCGUACAUGCUAGAUUACCUAAUUUUCAUAUUCCUGCAGCGGUAGAGGUUCUUACUACUGGAACAUAUGGUCGUUUACCAGCUUGUAUCAGAGAACGAAUAGUACCCCCAGAUCCUAUUACUCCGGCAGAGAAAAGAAGUACUUUACAAAGAUUAAAUCAAGUAAUACAACACAGACUAGUUACCGGAAAUUUGCUUCCACAAAUGCGUAAUUUGAAGAUUGAGGCUGGUAGAGUUACAUUUUUAGUAGAACAAGAAUUUUCUGUCUCCCUUACUGUUAUGGGAGAUGGCCCAGCGGUACCAUGGAGAUUACUGGAAUUGGAAAUUUUAGUUUCCGAUAGAGAAACGGGUGAUGGAAAAGCGUUAGUACAUUCUUUACAAACGCGAUAUGUUCAUCAGGUUGUGCAAUCUAGAUUAGCAGAAAGUUCUAAUCCAUUGUCUGAAGUAUACCAUAUACUUCAUUAUUUUUGUCAAUCGCUACAAUUGGAAGUACUUUAUUCUCAAACAUUGAGAUUAAUUCGCGAUAGAUUGGAUGAACAUAUACAUGUAGAUGAAUAUACACCUGGGAAAUGUUUAUCUAUAUCUUACUGGAGAGAAUUAACUAGUAAAGAUCCUAGAUCAGAACUUGGAUACAGAUUAACUGUACAAGUUGAUCAACAUGAUCCUGCAAGACCUCUUGCUGUGGUACAUGUACCAUCAUUAGGAAGCAAAGAAAGUGAAAUAGCAGAUAGAGCUAUAAGAUCGGAUCAGUUGUCAAUGGAGUGUUUACUUGUGCACACUAUAUAUAUACGAACAAGAAGUCGUCUUUCUGAAUUAAAACAAGAAUUGCAAGCGAUGUUGAAAGAUGUUGAAUGUACAUUAGCAGGAUCCCCUGCUAUUUUAUCAGUGCCAGUAUUACAGCCAUGUUUAAGAGCAGAACUUCUUUUAGUUACUGUAGAUACUCAUACGGGCAUGCUUCAAUGUCAUGUACCUCAAUAUGAUGCACCUUUAGUGCCUGAAUUAACUGCUGCAUUGAAUGGCGAUCAUUCUAAACUUCCAACGCUUAUAUCAGAAUUACGGUUUUGGAUCACGCAAAGAAGAUGUGAAAAAACAUUACAACAUCUACCUGCCACAUCUUCUGAGCGUUUACCAGUAUUGCAUCAUCCAGAUCACCCAAUGUCCAAAAUUAGUAGACAUCGUAUGUUCGUUCAAUUACACAGACAUCCAUCGGUUAUUUUGAUUGUGGCAUUUAAGGAAAAAGAAAAUUCUCCAUGCGAGAUUGAAUGUUCAUUUUAUCUUGCAGUAGUCAAACAUAGUUCCAUUGAAGACGAUCCACACGAUGAUAGUAUAGAAACAGAAAUUCCUAAAAUGUAUUUAAAAGUUCAAACUCUUAUCGAGUUCGAUACAUUUGUAAUUACUCAUGGGCCAUUCACUAGUGUUGAUAGUGGGAGUAAUGAUCAAGAUGGGGGGUGCAUUACAGAAGCAACCGAGCCUAUGAGCAACAAGCGUAGAAGCACGGGUCCUGGGGGAAGAACCGAUGCGGUGGGUAUAGCACAGAACAGAAGAUCUAAACAUCCAGCAUAUUUUAUUCCCGAAUUGGCCCACGUUGUAGCUUUGUGCGACGAAAGAAUACCAUUUGUAAAUUUAGCUCAAGAGCUUACUAGACGGGAGAUAGCACAUCAAGGACUUCAAGUAGAAGCAAAUGCCACUGCUUUAGUGUUGAAACUUGUACAGUUACCUCCUCCAUCACCAAAUAUUGCAACAAGCAGUGCAUGGCUUUCUCUCUUAAAAAGACUUCUCAGUGUUUCUAUUAGAGUUCAUGGAAAGGGGAUAGGAAAGUCAUGGAUGGCUGAAUUUGUAUUUUACAGCAGUCCUCUUACUAGUAAUCAUACUAAGGAACAAGGUCUACGCAGACCAAUAUAUUUUUCAUAUGACACGUUAACGGCGGACAAUGUGUCACGUACAGUUGAUUCAUUGUUGAAUGAUUGGGCACAAAUUGUUCACUUGUAUUCGAUUGUUCAAGAUUUAGCUGAAUAUUUUAAAAUCGAAAAAUAUAAUUUACGAAAUUUGGUCACAGUUAAAUCAUAUAGUUAUAGUAAAUUAACCCUCGCAUAUGGUCCUAACCGGGGAGCAACUGUAACUGUUUAUUGGAAUACUGAUGACAAAGCAUUUAAAUUAAUAUUUGGGAAAAGUCCAACAAAUACAGUUGCCAAUGCUCAUUCUAUCAUGAAGGAGCAACUUGAAGCACAUUUGAAUAGAUAUAGAAAUUUAGCUCAAUUAAUUAUUAUACUUCAUGAAACUAUACAGCCACUUACAUCAAUUAGUAAAUUACCAACUAUUCCUCAACUUUGUGUAUAUAAUUCCAGGCCACAAGUACCAGUACAAACAUUUACAAUAAUGCCACAAUGUGUGACAAUGGUGAGAAUAGCAUACCAAGGAUUAUAUUGUUUGGAAUUAAGAAUGAGGGGUAAUGGACUUGUUAGUUUGCGUGACGGUGCAUAUAGUUGUUUUGAUAGAAGUUAUAUUGUUAAUGAAUUUACACCUAUGCAAGGUCUUAAGGCAUUUCUUUCUAAAUACGUGGAUGAGAGUGCACUUUUUAGAAGAAGAUCACAAUCAGAAGAUGACAAUCCACCAUCGCCAGUUACUAUGGAUAGCGAUGGAGGAGGAAGUGGAGUUGGAUUUUUAGGUCAUCAUAGGAGUGGUCCCCAAUCUCCGGCCCAACAACGAGAUGGUUUAAGGUUUCAUCCACCUUUAACUCCACCGUCUGGUAGUAAUCCACAUACUCCAGCUAGUCCACAUACUGCGAAUAUAUCUCAGGCCAGUCAACAUCAAAGUUUUGGUAGUAGUCCAGCAACUUCGUUUAAUUUAGCGUCACCACCUUCACUACCUCCUAAUACACCAAAUAUGUUACCACACCCAUCACCUGGCUCAAGUCUUGUUGCCAACAGUCCCUUAAAUCCAAUGCAUGUAUCAAGCCCUGUUGGACUUAUGCCAACAUCUUCUCCAGGGCCUUGUAAUAAUGUGCCAGUAGGACACUCACCUGCGGGUUCGUUUAUGCAAACAGGUCAUAUCGAUGGUAGUCCAUUUCCUUCUUCACAAAGUAUGGCCUCUCCUGCUGCUUCCAAUUGGCCAGGGUCACCAAGUGUUCCUCGACCAUCUCCAGUAAGACCCGGUCAAAGUCCUGGUCACGCAGCCUUACACAGUCCUCAAGCAACAGAUCAUAAAAGUGGAAGUCAUAUAUCUAGAGUAUUACCUCAAAGAUCAUGGGCCGGUGCUGUACCAACUCUUCUAACUCAUGAAGCAUUGGAGUUACUUUGUUGUCCUUCUUCUCAUCCUUCUGGAUUACCUGGACCAGAUUUAUCACCACUCGAAAGAUUUUUAGGCUGUAUUUAUAUGAGGAGACAGUUAACACGUUUUAUUCAAAAAGACGAAUGCUUAACUAGCAUCAAUAUCACUGAACCAGGCGUUGUACACUUUAAGGUUGAAAGUUUACAAUGUAGAGUUGGAUUAAAUCCACAACAUCUUCAAUCUCUUCAUAUAAAAGUACAACCGCUUCCAGAACACAAAGAUCAAUGGACUUCCGAGGAAUUACAAAUUAUAGAAAAAUUUUUCGAUACACGGGUUGCUGUUCCACCUUAUAAACCAAAUACAAUAUCUGGAUUCGGCAGGAUGCUCAAUGUUCCUUUCAACGUUUUAAAAGAUUUUGUUCAAAUAAUGAAAUUAGAUCUUGUACCUGGUCUUGCACAACAACAACAAUUAAAAUGGGGUGUACAAUGGUGUUUACGUAUUCCACCAUCUGCAACACCAAUUGUGCCAAUUGGUAUGGCAGCAGUACUUGUUUGCAGAAAUAAAAUUCUAUUUUUCUUACAAAUAACAAGAUUAGGUAUGCCGUAUCAAGGAGAAACGCCAUACCUUGUAUUACCACUUGUGUACGAUGUAAGUACUAAUUUAACUCAAUUAGCUGAAAAAAGAGAUCCCAGUCCAGCUUCUGCAACUGCAUCAGCGUCGUUACAACUAAAAAGAUUUGCUGAAUACGGAGCCAAUCAAUCAGAGUGCUCCUUGUUCCCAGCUGUAAGAGAUCUUUUAACAAAUUUGACGCUUCCUUCUGAACCUCCAGUUAUACCACAGGUAGUUGCAUCUCCAGCUGGAGGUCAAGUAACUCCAAACCAACAAAUACAAAGUCCAGCAAUGCAGUUACAUUCUCCAAUGGCUGGAACACAAGGACCACCACAAGGACCAUAUGGUAUUCAAGGUAUGCCACCUAUGGGGAUGAUGAGUGGACCCUCGCAAUAGGAUUUACUAUACUCUCCUAAUCUCGUUUGUUUAUCUAAUCCUACCUCAUGGAUAAAUUAAAAGUAUCUUCAUUGUCGAUUAUUAAUUAUUUUAAUACAACAAAUUUUAUUCGUUACAAAAUAGAGAUAAAGAGAUUAAUGUAUUUAAGCCACUAAGAUCAAAUAUUCUUUGAGAGUUUUAGGAGAGCCAAUUUAUUUAAAAAAAUUUAUUAAACACUGGCCAUUAAUCAGGUAUAUUUAAUAUUUUGUUAAUUGUUGACAACAAUAAUAGAACAUUCUAUAAAAUCAAAUAAUAAUUUAAUAAAAUUUGACACAUCUAUUAUUGUCCUUUCAUUAAAAUAAGUGGUUGAGAAUAAUUAAAAUUAAUGAAAAUUGACAUGACAUCAGCAAUAUAAUAUAAAUGUAUAAAGUACUGUAUCAUAUUAAACUGCAUUAUAACGAAGUAUACUUAUUAAUUAAUAAGAAAACAAUAAUUAUAUAAAUAGACACAAAUGUUUCUUAGGAAAGAUAUGUUUAUAUUAAUAUUUGUUAUAUUUUAUGUAAUAAUACUAUUUCUAAAAAUUAGACCAAUACAAGUGUCUUAAAAUACAAAUUAAUUAUUAUAAUAUGCAUCUUUUGUAUUUUUUACUCAUGCUAUAAAAAAAAAAAAUAAGUGUAAAUAAUGCGAGUAAAUAAUACGAGGUGUUUGUAAAUAAAAGACACUAAGUA